UGAAUUAAAAAUUACAUUUCAAUCAUUUGAUGUAAAAAUAUAUGAAUAUAUUAAAUUAAUGAAAUUAUCAAAAUAUUAUUCUAGAUCAGAUAUUUAUACUGCAUCUAUUCCAAUUAGAGUUUGUUUAUUUCCAUUUGAAUCAGAUCCAGUUGUAUUGGUAUUAUUCACUUCAGGAAGUACAAACUCUUGUCCGAAACCCGUAAAACUUAGAACAACUCAAAUGUUUAAUCGCUUAGAGUGGCAGUGGGACUCAACUUCAGAUAUGGAUUUGCCGAACUUCGAAAAUGCUACAUGUAACUCAAAUGUAUCAGUUAGGCGCAUUGGUUUAGCAAAAACGGCUUGGGGUUUCGUUGAUGCAUUUACUGAGUUAUUCAGCUGUCUUUUAGCUGGAAUACCGGUAGUUGUUCCUGGUGGAUCAGCUUGUCCAAGUGAAAAGUCAGUAACUGAUGUCCAGCAACUGAUAAACCUUACCAAACACUUUAAAAUUAGUCAUAUUACUACAGUUCCUACACAAAUGAACCUGUGGUUAAAACAGUUACGCUUGAAACCAAAAGAAAUAGUAACAAGUCACCUGUCCAGUUUGCGAACAGUGAUUGUUAGUGGUGAUAUAGUUCAUCUAAAAUGGCUUGUGAGUUCUUCCAGUUAUUCAAAAACCCAGAAAUGCGACUAAUAAAUCUAUACGGUACAACUGAGGUAGCUGGCGACGUAACUGGUUUAGUAUUUCGUAGUGAAAUAGACGUGAUGAAGCACACAAAAGUUGUACCAUAUGGUUUAGAAAGGGAAAAUAAUGAAUCUGGAAAACCAGUAUUAUCCGUCGGUACUGCAAUUCAAGGAACAGCCAUUUUUAUAGUUCAGAAUGAUGAUGAUGAUGAUCAUCUUCGUCACGAAAAAGACGACGAAAAUCAGCCAGACAAGUGGUCUAAUCCAUCAUUAUCGAUUAUUGGAUCAGUAGACCGAAAACCUAACUGGGAUAAAUUUCCGUUUAAACUUUUGCCUAAAGGACAUAUCGGUCAUGUAUGCAUACUUGGACAACAGGUUUCCGACAGUGCAAGUAGCUGUCAACGUAUUGAGGCUUUGCCAGAAGACUUGGAUUGUGUGGAUACAAACAAGUGCAAGUCAGAUGUAGAGUCAUGUGAAAAUAACAGUUCAAAAGAAAUUAGUGUGUUUAUGCCAGGAGAUUUAGGAUUUAUUGAUCCUCAAACCAAUCACUUAUACAUAUGUGGUCGAACUAAUGAAUUAAUCAAAAUCAAUGGAAUAAGAUUUCAUGCAAAUGAUAUAGAUAAUCUAUUUAUUGAAUUAAAGAAGAACUGGAAAGCUAAAAAUAUGAUAGGCUGUACUAGAGAAGAAUUACUUGUAAAUAAAGUUUCAGAAACAGUUACAUUAACAAUACAAACUGUACAUGGACGUGAUUUAAAACUAGUAUGCUUUUAUGUACUUCAUAUGAAUGAGAAUCGAAACACAAUGAAUAUUGAGCCCAAAGAGAAUCAUGAUAAAUUAGAAGAUCUACCUAAACAAGAUGACUUUAUUGCUGUAUUUAGUCAUUAUUUACCACCAUAUUUGUCACCUACCUUCAUAAAUAUUGACCAUAUUCCACUGAUGAGAACUAGUGGGAAAGUUGACAAAGAGUAUUUACGCCAGUAUUAUUACUCUAAACAUUAUUGUGAAAUUUCUGAAAUAACGAAAGUUCUACAACCUGGUUGGGUAAAUGAUCCAGUAAAACAUAUGACAGAAAAUAAUAAUAGUACAUCUGACCAGUCAUUUGGUAAAAGUUCAAGAGAUUUUAAGUUAAGUAGAGAUCGAGAACGUGCAAGAAAAGUUCUAGCUGAAGUACUUGGGAUUCGUGGACCAAAUGGUGAUGUUAUACCUGGUAGACCAAAAGAUGACGAAGAUUUUUAUUUACUUGGAGGUGAUUCUUUACUGACUGUCCUAGCCACAGAACAAUUAAGACAGCUUGGAUUUAAUGUAAAUCUUGAUGUAUUCACUAAGACAGGAAAGAUUGGGUCGAUUUUAACAAAUCUUCAAAAUACCGAGUCGGAUUUUCUAAAAACUCAGGAGCCGUUCACCUCGGAUCCAUGGACAGUGAACAAAAUUUCAAUGAAUAAAAUUUUGAAAAAAUCGCAUACAUGUAAUUUGAUUAAUCGAAUACCACUGGUGGAAGAUGAAUGUUGUUUAUCACCCACAAUCUGUCCUCAGGGUAGCUACGAGAUUUUUAUUGAACAGUGGAAUGAUGGAAAUUUUAGUGUAACUGAGAGACAUGAAAUUGUCGAUGUUUUAGUUAAUGCAUUUAUUGAAAAAGACCGCUUGUCUCAUGCACUAAAACUGGAUCGGACAGAUUUAACAGAAGCGAUUGAAGUAUUCCUGAAUGCUCAUAAAUCUAAUCCAGGGAUCGUAUUGACAGCCAGAUAUUAUUAUGAGAAUCCAUAUGAACACACGUUUGUAAAAAAUAAAUUAGUUGGUGUCAUAAUCAGUCUUCCAGCUAAGCAUGUUCCUCUGCUUCACCAAACACCAAAACUAGCAUUAAUUCAACAAUUUUUUGACGAGUGUAGUAAUGAAGACCAAUUGAAGAUAUUUCAAUGGAUAAUUUACUUGCUACUCAAAUGGUUGCCAUUACAUCUCAAUCCCCAUACAGCAAAUCAAAAUAUUUACAGUACAUGUUAUCUAACUGGAAGAAAAUAUCACUGAAACUAUUGACCAGAUUAGAAAGAGAUUUGCUGAGAAUUGCUGCUAAACAGGGUUAUUUAGGUGUCAUAACCUUCAAUACAAAUGAAGUGACUGAAGAAGUAUGUUCUCAAUUAGGCUAUAAAGUCAUUCAAACAACUAUGUUAAAAUCUUUUAUGAAUAAAGAAAAUCUAUUAUUAUUACCCCAAUAUGAACGUAUACGAUGUUCAUAUAUGAUCAAAGAAUUAAUCCCUCCUCCUAAAAGAAACAUGAAUUAAUAUAUAAAUAAAUAAAAAUUAGAAAAUAAAAAUUCCUUUGGAUAACAAAUAAGAGAUACCGUAAAAAAAAACACAACAAAAAAUAAACUGUUAUUAUCAAUCAUUAUUCAAAAUAUUCUCCAAAUAUUUCAACAUUUCAUUUCGUUAACGAAAAACAACAACAACAACAAAGAGAAAUUAACUCAUGAUAACUUAUGAUUAUCAAGUGUUUUCUUUACUUUUCUCUUUUAUUAUUGUUGUUUUUAUUACUUUUUACUCUUGUCAUUAUUAUUACUAUUAUUAUUAUUGCCAUCGCUUAUUUAUACAGUCUAGUUGAAUCAUUUAAAGAAGAAGAAGAACA